AUGUCAAUGUCAACCACAUCUCGUCCUCCCUUUGCUGCAAUCAGCCCUUUUGACAGCCGACGGAGUUCCCCACCAAGCAUCGCAGCUCCAGACAACAGCAAUUACAACAAGCACCACAACUGCCGCCAAAACCCUUCUUCGCCAACUACUAAUGGUAAUUCUAUUAUCCCGGCUUCGUUCCCAUCUCCCACCUUGACAAACCCCGACAUGAUCCUCCCCUACGUCGGGGAACGUGAAUGCUCUACCCCUUCUCCUCCAUUCCGUCCCCUCAAGCUUCCAUCUCCGGAGCACUCCGACUACCGUCGCAGUUCUAUCCAGGCCGAUAGUGGAAUGCACGCCUCUUCGGGAAUUGGCGUAGCUGUCUCCGCUAUGGCCAAUGCGCCCCAUAACUGUCCCCAGAGAAACCCUCCCCCACGAAAUAAUUGGGUGUUUGCGGGGCAUCGAGUUCGUCCACCGUUGUCAGAUAUUGGAGAGGAAUCUCCCACACGGUCGAGAUGGGGAGGAGAUGAUGAUGCAGAUACGGAGGUUAGCGAUAUGGUAUUGGGCGGCUCACCGGUUCUAAAAUCUCAAUGGGGUAGUGGCAAUGACGAGCUAGGUAACGACAGGAAACGUGAUGACAAUUGUGAUCCUGAAGAUUGCAGCGCUGAGAAUGAUGAUGAUGAUGGAGCGAGUUGUAGUGCAUCCAGCUCGACAAUCAGUGCGCCAAGUGAGAUUCUGGACAAAUGGGAAGAGUUUCGGACGGCUGGGGGUAGUCGUGCCAGUGUUACACAUUCGAAGGAUGCGACUGAGGUGCGGAACAGGAUUCACAGCCAUGAAAGUGGUUGGGCCUCUCGGGAUUUUGUUGGAAUGGAGUCCGGGAAGGACACAAAUGAUAUAGGGGCUAUAAAUGAGGAGGACGGGGUAGCUGAUGAUGAAAUAUCCUCUACGAUAUUGAGCAAGGAAGCGGAGAGAAUUCUCGAGAAUGCGAAGAAGAAAUUAACUCAUAUGGAGGGUAAUCUCAAUCGAGCGCGUUCUUCAUUGCGCAUGACUCCGUCGCCAUCUCCCCUAUUGGGUGCAUUUCCCCUGAGAACCCGCCAAUCCACUGGGAACAUGGGCAGAUCAUAUUCUAUAACUGAGAGACGGGCUCAAACUAGCCUUGCUGGAGCUCUGAUGCGUCAGAGAGUCUCCCAGGACACGAGUACCAAUGGCUUACAUUCCAGAGGGCUGAGCGAUGUGUCGAUCCGAUCCUCGCAAAGUAAUGGGGAUAAUAGAAAUAAUAUGCAACCUCCAUUUCGAUCUUUCAGCGCACUUGGGUCAACCAAUGCAUCAGGUUUUGGUGCAAAUGACAUAUCUCCCAAGAGUGAUCGCUUCAAACUAGAUCGUUACGAACCAAAAGCCACUUUCAAAUUCCCCGUGUCUACGGUCAACUAUGUUUCUGAGAUUUCAUCUGAACCCAUUGGCAAUGACGUCUCACAAGCCAAUUAUUCAUCUUCAAAACCAGACUUACUCCCCACCAACGUCAACAAUAAUAACCUUGAAAAUGCACCUCCUGACCGUGAGAACUGCAUUCCGAAAAUUUCGUCAGUGGAGGAAUUCAAUGCCACGUAUCCAGCUAUUGUUCCGCCUCGUUCCCAGUCACAGCUCCAAGUUCGUGGCCUUCAGGACCAGAUGCAAGAUCUCAAAAGCAAGGUAUCGACUCUCAAAGUGCAGGCACAAGAAGAUACCCUUCGCCGACGGAGCCUUCAAAGUCUUCGUACUCCUAGUCCUUUUACAGCGGCAGAGCAGUGGUACACCACGGCCGGCGAAUAUGUCGAUACACAUGGUAAGGGUACUGAGGGUGCCCGGACGGGACAAAAUACCGAGAAUCAUAUUGAAGUUGCUGGUCAGCAGCAUGGGGCUCCUGUCAACGCCGAUUCAUUUCCUGGUCCUGCUGCAGUGGAAGAAUCAGCUACGCAGAGUACCUCGGAUAGGGAUCUGCAAGAUGACCAGCAAUCCACAAUAGACAGUCUUUACGAGGAUGCUGGUGAGGAAUUCGCUUAUGAUGAGGAUAUUGACCGAGUUGCUCUCGCUGAGAUUCUAAAUGAACCCCUUGAUAGCCCAAUAUCUUCGGAUGGCGGGAUGUAUCAAGAUUUCCCCCCAAUGCCUACCGUGUCCGAAACUACGCGGCAUGAGGAUCGCGAGGACGCCUUUGACUAUGAACAUUUCUUUCUACAUAGUGCGCUGGGUAACUAUUCAAGAGAUAAAGCCCGCCUGCGUAGUCGAAGUGUUGACUCUACUGGAUCCGUGGAAACUACAAGGCCGGCAAGCGAGACCACCGUUUACGUGGAUCCAUCUCCACAAGGAAGACAAGGCCACGUACGAAAUAACAGCACCGAUACUAUAUCCACGACAGCCACGUUUGCUACGGCAGCUGAGGGUACCGACUCUCCCGAUGAGGGCUAUAGCGGCGAUGAAAUUAAUAAUGUUUUGUACGGGAAUGGCAAUGGCAGCGCGAUGAAGUAUUUUAAUAACGACAACCGGUACCGCCAGCAAUUCCAAAGCUCCCGUGCAAGCACCUGGAACUCCAUGGUCAGCGAUGGCUCCUCAUCCCCGCCUCUCUCAGCCGCCUCCACCCCUCGCGACCCCAACAAAAGAUUCAGCUACAAAAGCCACAACCGCCAACAGUCCCAGGAAGCCUCAACACGCGAUGUAGCAGCCCAACUCCGUUCACCAACUGCCAUGAUCUCUUCAUUAAUAUCUUCGGCCGUGGCCCGAUAUUAUACUCCAGAGUCUGAAAAGGAAUCCAUAGUAUUCGACUCGCAGCUCGGACCGGAUGACACGAAACUGAUGGAGGCACUUUUUCAGAGCCUGGGCAAAGUGGCAUUGCAGUUGCAGUUGUCGUCUACUGUCGAUAGGCGAUCCACCACUGAUGAGAGGUCAUGCAUUCUCUUUCGGAGGAGGUUGGAUGCAGCUAGACGGGUGUUGGAAGGGCAGCUGGACGUUUAG